AUGUUUUUUGAAAAAACUUGUUUCUUUUGCAUUGACGAAAUUGGUUCGUCUCCUUCCUUUUCGCAUUUACUAAACUUUCAAUCAGUACAUAUCUAUCUAUCUAUCUAUCUAUCUAUCUAUCUGUCUCAAAGAGUAUUGAACUGUUCUGUUCAUAUCUAUCUAUCUAUCUCCGUCUGUUCUAUCUAUCUAUUCAUAUCUAUCUCAGUCUGUUCAUAUCUAUCUAUCUAUUUGUUUCUGGUCAUUUCUAUCUAUCUAUCUAUCUAUCUAUCUAUCUAUCUAUCUCAUUGUGUUAAACAUCUAUCUCAGUCAGUUCCUAUCUAUUUACCUAUCUAUCUACUUCUCUAUCACACUUCAUCUAUGUACUAUCUAUCUAUCUAUCUAUCUAUCUAUCUAUCUAUCUAUCUCAGUCUGUUCAUAUCUAUCUAUCUCUCUAUCUAUCUAAUGAAACUAUAA